UAUAGCAGUGACUUGGUAGAACUCCAUUCCCUGACUAUGAAGAAAACCGGUAUUCCUUUCCUCUUGGGCCUCAUCUUCCUGGUUCUGUUUGGAGUUCAAGGAGCCCCAAUAAUGAGGAAUGACCGUUGUUCCUGCAUCAGUACUAGGCAGGGGAAAAUCCACCCUAAAGCCUUAAAAGACAUUAAACAAUUUGCCCCAAGCCCUUCCUGUGGGAAAACUGAAAUCAUUGCUACAAUGAAGAACGGGAAUGAAGAAUGUCUAAACCCAGAUUCAGGUUAUGUGAAAAAACUGGUGAAGAUGUGGAAAGAAAAGGUCAGCCAAAAGAAAAAGCAAAAGAAAGGGGGAAAACAAAAAAUGAAGACAUUUUUAAAAGCUAAAGGACCCCAACGUCCUCAUCAAAAGAAGACUACAUAAGAGACCACUUUACCAUCAAGUACUUUAUGUUAAAAUUUUUUUUAAUUAUACUGAAAUAAUUCCAAGAAGGGAUGACCUCUAAUA